CUCUGUUUAUUCUGUGACCAGAUUCCUUCUGAAAGGAGGCAGGCCUUGCCUGCCUGAAGCCUAUUGGCCGGAAUUGCUCCGGACCCACCCUUUCUUUUUCAAGGCACACACCACAGCGAAGUCUGUGCGGAAUCCUAAACCAGCCCAAUUUACAUCCAUUCAUGAAUCUGUGACGUCAGCAAGCCUCCGGGCUCCUUGGCGGUGGGCUGUUGGAUUGUGUGGGCGGAAUCCCCCUCCCCCUUAUUUUUCUAAUCUUGCAAGGCUUUUUAAAUUAACCUUUCAUCUUUUUAAAGCAAGAAAAUGGAACGGCAUGUGUAGGAAUUCUUCAUUGUUGUCUCCGAGCCCGCUCCCACAUCAGAACUCCGUUCGAAUAGUGCUCUGAGUGCCGUCUCAGGACCGCGGGCACACUCAUGGCACGAUGGCCGGCCCUCAGGAGCACCUGAGCUGCUCCUCCUCCCCGCGCGGACCCCUGAGUGAAAGCAAAACCUUCAGCGGACUACGAGAUGAGCUUGCCCCAGGGGGGAGCCACCCGUCGCCCAAGCUCCCUAAGGACCAGCCGGAGAAGGGGGCGGCUCAAACAGAGCUAGCGGACUGCGUGCACAGCCCCGCGGCCACCACAGUGUUGACGAGUGUGAGCGAGGACUCCAGGGACCAGUUUGAGAACAGCGUCCUUCAGCUGCGGGAACAAGAUGAAUCAGACGUGGCCGUGUCUCAGGGGAACAGCAACACGGCAGGUGGAGAGGGCGUGAGCGGAACAGAUGACGUCAAGGUUCAGUUCAGCAGCUCCAGCAGCAGCGGUGGUGGGUUUCUUGAAGGACUGUUUGGAUGCUUAAAGCCUGUGUGGAAUAUCAUUGGGAAGGCGUAUUCCACUGAUUACAAGUUACAGCAGCAAGAUACUUGGGAAGUGCCAUUUGAGGAGAUCUCAGAGCUGCAGUGGCUGGGUAGUGGAGCCCAGGGAGCUGUCUUCCUGGGCAAGUUCCGAGCGGAGGAGGUGGCCAUCAAGAAAGUGAGAGAGCAGAAUGAGACGGAUAUCAAGCAUUUGAGGAAGUUGAAGCACCCUAACAUCAUCGCUUUCAAGGGAGUGUGUACUCAGGCCCCGUGCUAUUGCAUCAUCAUGGAAUAUUGCGCCCACGGGCAGCUCUACGAGGUGUUACGGGCUGGCAGGAAGAUCACGCCUCGAUUGCUAGUAGAUUGGUCCACGGGAAUUGCAAGUGGAAUGAAUUAUUUGCACCUUCACAAAAUCAUUCAUCGUGAUCUCAAAUCACCCAAUGUUUUAGUGACUCACACAGAUGCAGUAAAGAUUUCAGAUUUUGGUACCUCUAAAGAACUCAGCGACAAAAGUACCAAGAUGUCCUUCGCUGGCACAGUUGCGUGGAUGGCACCAGAGGUGAUACGAAAUGAACCAGUCUCUGAAAAAGUCGAUAUAUGGUCCUUCGGGGUGGUGCUUUGGGAGCUGCUGACAGGAGAGAUCCCCUACAAAGAUGUGGACUCUUCAGCCAUCAUUUGGGGUGUCGGAAGCAAUAGUUUACACCUUCCGGUUCCUUCCACUUGCCCUGAUGGAUUCAAAAUCCUCAUGAAACAAACAUGGCAAAGUAAACCUCGCAACCGACCUUCGUUUCGGCAGACGCUCAUGCAUUUAGACAUCGCGUCCGCAGAUGUCCUUGCCACGCCACAGGAAACUUACUUCAAGUCUCAGGCUGAAUGGAGAGAAGAAGUAAAGAAACACUUUGAGAAGAUCAAAAGUGAAGGAACUUGCAUACACCGAUUAGAUGAAGAACUGAUUAGAAGGCGCAGAGAAGAGCUCAGGCAUGCUUUGGAUAUUCGAGAACACUAUGAGAGAAAACUAGAGCGAGCUAAUAAUUUAUACAUGGAGCUGAGCGCCAUCAUGCUGCAGCUGGAAAUGCGGGAGAAGGAGCUCAUCAAACGUGAGCAAGCAGUGGAAAAGAAGUAUCCUGGGACCUACAAACGGCACCCUGUCCGUCCAAUAAUCCACCCCAAUGCCAUGGAGAAGCUCAUGAAAAGGAAAGGCGUCCCUCACAAACCAGGGAUGCAGACCAAACGGCCAGAUCUGUUGAGAUCCGAAGGUAUCCCCAGCAUGGAGGCGGCCCCCACUGCAUCCCCUCUGUCUGGAAGCCCCAAAACGUCCACCUCAAGCAGCAAGAGCCGAUACCGGAGCAAACCACGCCACCGCCGAGGGAAUAGCAGAGGCAGCCAUAAUGACUUUGCAGCCAUCUUGAAAAACCAGCCAGCCCAGGAAAACUCACCCCACCCCACUCAUCUACACCAAGCUCAAUCCCAACUCCCUGCUCUGCAGCAGCAAUACCAGCACCCCCCUCCUGCCACGUCUCAGAGCCACCACCCCAGGCUCAAUACGCACGGACAGGACAUUGCAACCUGCGCCAACAACCUGAGGUAUUUUGGCCCCGCGGCAGCCCUGCGGAGCCCCCUCAGCAACCAUGCUCAAAGACAGAUGCCCGGCUCUAGCCCUGACCUCAUCUCCACCGCCAUGGCAGCAGAUUGCUGGAGAAGCUCUGAGCCAGACAAGGGCCAGGCCGGCCCCUGGGGCUGUUGUCAGGCUGACCCUUACGACCCCUGCGCACAGUGCAGGCCAGAACAGUGUGGGUCCUCGGACGCUCCCUUUGCUGAGCCAGCUGGGAGGAGCCCCGACCCUUUCAAGUCACCAGCACACAGUCUCCUCUCAGAAAAUGCCCAAGGUUCUGAGAAAAUAGAAGAAAAUGAGUUCAAUGGCUGCAGGUCUGCUUCAUCCCUUGCUGUCCCCCAUCAUGUCACCCCGCCAGUGCUACCUCGAAAAGCAAGGCCCCUUCAAAAGAGUGGAGAUGAGUCCUCAGAAGAGGAAGAAGGGGAAGUGGACAGUGAAGUUGAAUUUCCACGAAGACAGAGGCCGCAUCGCUGUAUCAGAAGCUGCCAGUCAUAUUCAACCUUUAGCUCUGAGAAUUUCUCAGUGUCUGAUGGAGAGGAAGGAAACACCAGUGACCACUCAAACAGUCCUGAUGAGUUAGCUGAUAAACUUGAAGACCGCCUGGCAGAGAAGCUAGAUGACCUGCUGUCCCAGACGCCAGAGAUUCCCAUUGAGAUAUCCUCGCACUCAGAUGGGCUCUCCGACAAGGAGUGUGCCGUGCGCCGCGUGAAGACGCAGAUGUCUCUGGGCAAGCUGUGUGUGGAGGAGCGUGGCUAUGAGAAUCCUAUGCAGUUUGAAGAAUCGGACUGCGACUCUUCAGAUGGGGAGUGUUCUGACGCCACAGUGAGGACCAGCAAGCACUACAGCUCUGCUACGUGGUAGGGAGAGGUCCGGCCCUGAAGAUGUCCUGACAGCGCUGGCAUCCAGACCCGCCCCACCCCCGAUGCCUCCCGCUCCCUCCCUGCUCUUCUGGUCUGGGAAGGGAACUGCCCCGUCUUUCUUAUCCCUAGAAAUGAGCUGCAAUAACAGGAACAUGAGGCUUCGCAAAUCUCUGGAAAAAAUAUCCAAAUGAGAUUAAGUCUCACUGAACAUUUCAAUCAAGAAUGGCAGGGAUCUAUUUUAUUGAAUAUUCUAGCUACUGUAACAUUGAUAUUUAUUUUUGUUUGACAUUUUAACACUUUGUACUGUAAAGAUUGAACUAUAUAUGAUAUAGAGAGAGAGACACAAUAAUUUCUUGCAAAAAAGAGAGAGAAAGAAAGGAAAAAAGAAAAGAAAAAAAGUGGAAUUUAGGAGUUACAUUCUUGGGAAUUUGUGGGGCCAAGAUGUAUUAUUGCUACUCGAACAGGGGACCAGUUCUUUUGACCAGAGUGACUGAAGAAGAACCAGAGCAAGACGUGUUGAGCAUUUUAGGAAACAAAGAACAGCAAGGGAAAAGCCAUCCCAGGUACCUGUGAGC